AUGACUUAUUAUGAGGAUGAUAGUGUGGUGCCAGAGCUAAGAAUGAGCAUGGGCGGUGAUAAAAUUGAUGAUGAUGGAGAUAAUAGCAAAGGGAAUUAUGUGAAUUUGAGAGAUGAGAAUGGGGUAGGUAAAAGGUGCAAUCGUUAUGGUUGUUGUUGGGGGUUUGGAGGGUCUGUGUUCUGGUAUUGGGUUAAGUUGGCUUUGGUGCUUACAUUUUUUGGGUUAAUGGCUGCUGCUUGUUUCAUGUGGGUUGGCCCCUUCGUGAUGGAUAAGGAGAUUAUCCCUAUCAUAAAUUGGGAGACAACGACAUUUAGCACUCCGGUACUGGCAGUUCUGCUCUUUGCCUCUGUGGCAUUGUUCCCAACUCUACUUCUACCGUCGUCUCCUUCCAUGUGGGUGGCUGGGAUGACAUUUGGUUAUGGGUUUGGAUUUCUAUUAAUAAUAACUGCAGCGGCUGUGGGUGUGUCACUUCCAUAUUUCAUUGGCUCUUUGUUCCUUCAUAAAAUUCAAGGGUGGUUAGAAAAAUAUCCAAAGAGAGCUGCUAUUUUGAGAGCAGCUGGUGAAGGAAACUGGUUUCAUCAGUUUCGAGCUGUGACUCUGAUCAGGAUUUCUCCAUUUCCGUAUAUUCUGUAUAAUUAUUGUGCUGUUGCAACAAACGUUAAGUAUGGUCCUUACUUCUUGGGAUCGCUGGCAGGAAUGGUACCAGAGAUAUUUGUUGCGAUCUAUACUGGGAUUGUCAUACGGACCUUGGCAGAUGCUUCAAAUGAUGGGCACACCCUCUCAGCUCCUCAAAUUGUCUUCACAGUGUUUGGUUUUUGUGCCACAGUGGUUGCCACGAUUAUCAUCACGGUGUAUGCAAAAAGGCAGCUCAAGGUGAUGCAAGAUGAGCCACUACUGGCAUAG